AAUUUCUGAUACCAACAUUGCGAGUAAGGCAGACGUUCACUAGGGACAGCACUUACCUCCACAAAAACAGUGGUAUUACAAGGGAUGUGUACCUUAUAUAUCCCUUGAUAUGCCUUGUCAUAUACACUUCUUCCCUUCGAGACAUGACAGGAAUGGCCCAUUAUUUUCCCGCUUAACUUUUACGCGCACCUUCAGAUUCUUUCCCUCCUGUCCUUUCGCGCCCCAUAAAUGGGAUACUCUCGUCUCCUUUUUUCAACUUUAUCACGCUACGUCGCACCUUGCUCGCACAUUGCGCUUAGGCUCUACCUCAGGCCCUCAGAUUUUAUCGUUUUUUUUUUUUUUCUUCCGCGAAUAUCCUGCCACGAGAUGACGGAGAUCUGCCUCCACGUCCCCUAUUUUAUCA